AUGGUGAAAAGAUCAGCAACUGAUGACCAUUCUGCAAGAAAUCCGACUGUUGACCAUCAAGCAAUGGUAAAGAAGAUAAUGGACCAUAUGCGCACGGAGGUUGACUCCAUUGAAGAAUCAAUCAUUGGUCGAAUGCAAAAAAUAUCAUCGCGGCUUGAUAGCCUUGACAAUACUAUUGAUAGUUUGAUUAUUGAAGCGGGAUUGCAAGAUGCUGUUGAUUCUGAGCGGUCCGACAAUUGUCCAAUUCCAAGCAAGGCUUCGACUGUGUGA